AUGAGUUACAAUCAUCUCUUCAAAAUUGUCGUGGUCGGUGAUCAUAAUUGUGGGAAAUCAUGUAUCCUUCUACGAUUCGCUGAAAACUCUUUUCGAGUCGAUCACAUCAGCACAUUGGGCGUCGAUUUCAAGUUGAAAACGAUUAAAUUGGGCAGAGAUCGGAUACGAUUAGAAUUAUGGGAUACAGCUGGAAUGGAGAGAUAUCGAACAAUCUAUAACUCUUAUUAUCAUUCGGCUCAUGGAGUUAUGUGUGUUUAUGAUUUAACAAACGAGAAAAGCUUUGAAAAUCUCGAGAAUUACUGGCUAAAGGAAAUCAAGCAACACGCUCCACAAAAUGCUGUGCUAAUGCUUGUGGGAAAUAAAGCCGAUUUAGAAGAAGAAAGAAAGGUUGAUUUUGAGAGAGCGGAAAAGUUAGCAGCAAGACUUGGCGUUUCUCUUUACGAGGUUUCUGCGAAAACAGGGAUUAAUUGUGAAGAUGCUUUUACAACACUUGCAGGAGCGAUGAGAGAACGAGUGAUUCUUGCAGCAAAUGCGCACUCAGAUGAUUCUGAUGAAGCGGAGACUUACAGCAGUGCAUUUCACAUUGAUGGAGUGGUGGGAAAUGACAAAAAGAGCACUUCUCAAUUGCCUUCUUGUUGCCAAUCAGCGCCAAAGCCUGAGUUUGUA